AGGCACCAGCGGGUCCACACAGGUGAGAGGCCAUUCGGCUGCCCCGAAUGCGGGAAGGCCUUCAGCUAUUACUCCGUCCUGCUGACCCACCGCCGGGUCCACAUAUUAGAGAAGCCCUUCAGCUGCUCCAAUUGCGGAAAGGCCUUCAACGAUACCUCUGCCCUGCUGAUGCACCAGCGGGUCCACACCGGAGAGAGCCCAUUCUCCUGCCGCAAGUGCGGGAAGGGCUUUGCCCAGGCAUCCCACCUUCGGGUCCAUACGGGGGAGAGGCCCUUCCCCUGCCCAGAGCGCGGGAACGCCUUCAGCAAUUCCUCCCACCUGCUGAGGCACAGGCGGGACCAUACCGGGGAGAGGCCGUUCACCUGCCCCGAGUGCAGGCGGAGGGUCUCAUCAUUCUGCACCUUGCAGAAGCACCAGCGGGCACACCAGUGCUCCCAACAAUCUGAUUCUGCUGAUGAAACUGCUGUGGGUCACUGCCAGGACUGA